UUAGCUUCCCGGGGCCUUCUCUGCCCGCUUCCCCGGCCCCGGGACCUCUGCUCCGAGCCCCAGCCCUGCACUGGUUGGCCCUGCUGGCGGUUGGGCUUCAGGCAGCUGAUUAUCCCAGAGCGUGACCUCCCCUUAAGGACAGGCGGGGUCCCGGAUAGCAGCACACUGCUCCGUGUAAGGGGCAUCAGGAGAGACUUCCUGGAAGAGGGGGCCUUUGAGCAGGGCCUUAAAAGAUCGUGGGAACAGGAUAGAAGGUGGCGCACUAAGUCCCCUGGAUAGAAGGUGGCGCACUAAGGCCCCUGGGCUCUGACCUUCUUCUCUACCAUGAGGUGGGGCCGCCGUUUGCCCAGGGUCACUUGGGGCCCUGGUCUGGGAAGAGGACUCCAGUCAGCAGAUGAACGAAUCCCCUUCCUGAUCCACUGGAGUUGGCCUCUAAAAGGGGGGCUUCCCCGUGGGCUCCCUAGGGCCUUUGUACGUCACCGUGGAAGCUCAGCGGGGAGUGGCCCUCCAUCCAGAAGGCAUGGAUCGUUGUUCCAGGGCCUCUCUGCAUCUGAAGCUGUCCAGCACCACCGCCAGAAUCUGGCCGAGUGGUUCACCCGGCUGCCCAGAGAAGAGCGCCAGUUUGGCCCCACCUUUGCACUGGACACAGUCCACGUGGACCCUGUGAUCCGCGAGAGCACCCCAGAUGAGCUGCUUCGCCCAUCGGCCCAGCUGACCCUGGGGCAUCAGCACCCCCUGGCUGGACUCCCCCCUCUGGCCCUGUCUCAGCUCUUUGACCCAGAUGCCUGCGGGCGCCGGGUGCAGACUGUGGUGCUGUAUGGCACGGUGGGCACGGGCAAGAGCACGCUGGUGCGCAAGAUGGUUCUGGACUGGUGCUACGGACGGUUGCCGGCCUUCGAGCUGCUCAUCCCCUUCUCCUGUGAGGACCUGUCCUCCCUGGGCCCUGCCCCAGCCUCCUUGUGCCAACUCGUGGCUCAGCGCUACACGCCCCUGAAGGAGAUUCUUCCUCUGAUGGCUGCUGCUGGGUCCCGCCUGCUCUUUGUGCUCCACGGCCUGGAGCAUCUCAACCUCGACUUCCGGUUAGCGGGAACCGGCCUUUGCAGUGACCCCAAGGAGCCAAAGGCGCCAGCUGCCAUCAUGGUCAACCUGUUGCGCAAAUACAUGCUGCCUGAGGCCAGCAUUCUGGUGACCACCCGGCCCUCGGCCAUCGGCCGAAUCCCCAGCAAGUACGUGGGCCGCUAUGGUGAGAUCUGUGGCUUCUCUGAUACCAACCUGCAGAAGCUCUACUUCCAGCUCCGCCUCAACCAGCCAGACUGUGGGUAUGGAGCUGGGGGUGCGGGGAUCUCGAUCACCCCGGCUCAGCGGGACAACCUGGUGGAGAUGCUCUCCCGGAACCUGGAGGGGCACCACCAGAUUGCCGCUGCCUGCUUCCUGCCCUCCUACUGCUGGCUUGUCUGCGCCACCCUGCACUUCCUGCAUGCCCCCACACCACCCGGCCAGACCCUCACGAGCAUUUACACCAGCUUCCUGCGUCUAAACUUCAACGGGGAGAUGCUGGACAGCACUGACCCAUCCAAGCUGUCCCUCAUGGCCUAUGCAGCCCGAACCAUGGGCAAGUUGGCCUACGAGGGUGUGUCCUCCCGCAAGACCUACUUCUCCGAAGAGGACGUCCGCAGCUGCCUGGAAGCUGGCGUCAAGACGGAGGAAGAGUUCCAGCUGCUACAUGUCUUCCGCCGGGACGCCCUGACGUUUUUCCUGGCCCCUUGUGUGGAACCCGGGCACCGGGGCACUUUUGUGUUCAUCGUUCCGGCCAUGCAGGAGUACCUGGCCGCCCUCUACAUCGUGCUGGGUUUGCGAAAGACCACCCUGCAGCAGGUGGGCAAGGAAGUGGCCGAGCUCGUGGGCCGUGUCGGGGAGGACGUUAGUCUGGUCCUGGGCAUCGUGGCCAAGCUUCUGCCCCUGCGAGCUCUGCCUCUGCUCCUCAACCUGCUCAAGGUGGUGCCGCGUGUAUUUGGGCGCGUGGUGGGAAAGAGCCGCGAGGCAGUGGCCCAGGCCAUGGUGCUGGAGAUGUUCCGAGAGGAGGAUUACUACAACGACGAUGUCCUGGACCAGAUGGGUGCCAGUAUCCUGGGCGUGGAGGGCCCCCGGCGGCACCCAGAUGAGCCUCCCGACGAUGAGGUCUUCGAGCUCUUCCCCAUGUUCAUGGGAGGGCUUCUCUCUGCGCACAACCGGGCCGUGCUGGCUCAGCUCGGCUGCCCCAUCAAGACCCUGGAUGCCGUGGAGAAUGCCCAGGCCAUCAAGAAGAAGUUGGGCAAGCUGGGCCGGCAGGUGCUGCCCCCAUCAGAGCUCCUUGACCAUCUCUUCUUCCACUACGAGUUCCAGAAUCAGCGCUUCUCCGCUGAGGUGCUCAGCUCCCUGCGCCAGCUCAACCUGGCGGGUGUGCGGAUGACGCCCCUCAAGUGCACGGUGGUGGCAGCUGUACUGGGCAGCGGCAGGCACGCCCUGGAUGAGGUGAACUUGGCCUCCUGUCAGCUGGACCCUGCUGGGCUGCGCACACUCAUGCCUGUCUUACUGCGCGCCCGGAAGCUAGGCCUGCAACUCAACAGCCUGGGCCCUGAAGCCUGCGGGGUCCUCCGGGACCUGCUGCUGCAUGAUCAGUGCCAAAUUACCACCCUGCGGCUGUCCAACAACCCACUGACAGUGGCUGGCGCGGCCCUGCUGGUGGAGGGACUGGCAGGAAACAGUUCGCUGACCCACCUGUCCCUGCUGCACACGGGCCUCGGGGAUGAGGGCCUGAAGCUCCUGGCUGCCCAGCUGGACCGGAAUCAACAGCUGCAGGAGCUGAACGUGGCCUACAACGGUGCUGGCGACGCAGCGGCCCUGGCCCUGGCCACGGCUGCCCGGGACCACCCUUCCUUGGAGCUGCUGCACCUCUACUUCAAUGAGCUGAGCUCAGAGGGCCGCCAGACCCUGCGGGACUUGGGGGAUGCUGCUAAAGGCCGUGCUCGGGUGGUAGUGUCGCUGACGGAGGGGACGGCAGUGUCUGAGUACUGGUCGGUGAUCCUUAGUGAAGUCCAGCGAAACCUCAACAGCUGGGAUCGGGGCCGUGUCCGGCGCCACCUUGAACUACUGCUUCGUGACCUGGAAGACAGCCGAGGGGCCACUCUUAACCCCUGGCGCAAGGCCCAGCUGCUACGUGUGGAGGGUGAGGUCAGGGCCCUCCUGGAGCAGCUGGGAGGUGCUGGGAGCUGAUAUAGUGGCACUGGGCACCUAGCUGCGUGACCCCUGGGCCGAAGAGCCUUCCCUCUGUGGCCUCCUGGUUUGCACUACUGCUUCCAGGAAGAUCUUUCUGGGGCUGGUGGUAAAGGGAUAGGCACAACUGUGCCAGCUGCUUUCCUGGGGCAUGUCCAUCCAUUGCUCUCAAGUCCAGGAACAGGGCUCCUCUCCAUUGGGGCCAGGAGGACUGAGACUCAUGCUGUGGCAGCCAGUUGCCCUGCAGCGCCACCAGCCUUUCCUCUGUCCUCCCGAGGAGCUUCUGAUUGUGCCACCAGGGGGCGCACUUCUUAAGUGACCUGGCCAAAGGCGCGGCCAUCCAGGUGCACCAGAAGGCCUGUCCCUUCUGCCUUGCUGCUUAUCAGAGGACGCUGAGGAUGCCUGCGGCCACCUCCUUCUCUUGUUGGUGCCUUCUCCUCCCCUUCAUGUUCCCUUCCUCAACAUCGUACCUGUAUCGGGUACAGAUACCGUACUUGGUGGCUUCUAGGGACAUGCCCACUGACUUGCUUCCAUUAAAAAGCUGUGUCUUCCACCUA